AUUUGGUAUCUUUAAAGAAUUGUCAUACAACUUAAAAUAGAAUUACGAUCACGAGUAAUUGAACGUCAGUGCAAAAAUAAAAUUACAUUAUACUAUAUACAUGAUCUUACGCCACUUUUACAUUCAACAUAACCUCUCCGUCACUUUUAAACUGAGCUAAUCAAAGAACAAACGUAAUCAAUUUCCAAAAAAAUGAUUAAUAAAUCGCUCAAAAAUUGAUAAUACUCGAUAAAUAGUUGUGAAUUAGGUCGUACAUCAUGUUCUUCUUUUAUUUGAAUUAAGCCUCCCUGUCUUUUUCUCUUUUUUUUACUCGAAGAAUUUCAACCACGAAUCCUUGCACUGGAAAUUAUCGAACGCUAAGUUUCUUUCUGAUCUCAUUAAAGUUUUCCAAAAAUAAAUUAUUUAUCAGGGUUAUCCAAAAUGAUCAUGCAACUUCGUUAUAACAUCCAAUGAUUUCAAAUUCAAAUUAAGAAUGCCUUACUCAUAGCGCGGCUUGUUAAAGCAUAUUAAAGUAUCAGCUGCCUCUUACGACACUAAAAUCUUCUUCCAUUCGACUCUCUUUAACACAAAAAAGCUAAAUCGAAAACCUUAAAACGAUUGCCUUACUACAACACAAAAAUUCAACAAACAGUUUUAAAGAACUACGUUUAAAAAUUCACUAAGCACCAAAAACAACUAUGUUAACGUAAAAAAUCAUGAUUAUCCAAAUAGAUAAAUUGAUUGUUUACCUUUGUUAUAUUUUCCCAUUAAUUUCAAGUUUAGUUUACAAUUGUAUCACUGAUGAGGCUGCUUAUGCUGGAAUCUGCUUGAACCAGGAGCUCGCCAGAUGUUGCAAAGUGGUAAGAGGAGACCAAUGUAGCCGCAGCAUGGAGUUUGCUGGACGCAGUUUGAACUUCUCGGAACUGAGGACUGACAGCGGAUCUGUGUUUGUGUGGGAGGAGAAAAGCCAGAUCUGCCUCACUGGUGUUCAUUUCAAGCCCGAAGCCGAAGGCCAUCUUGACCAACAACUGGUUGGCUUGAAAAUCGAACUCUGGAUUGAACAUGGUGACAAAAUGUUUCCAAACUAUGGGCACAGUACAACUGAAUUCAUGUUCUCACAAUCACAACAGGCCAAUUUCACUGCCGAAGAACUGCCCCCGUUUCUCAUGUGCAUGUACACUGGAGUAGAUGAAAAGUUUAGCGAUUUCAUCGAAGACCCGAGCCUGUAUCUGCGGAUGAGUCUCUCCACAAUUCCGCCCGCUCGCGACAGACUUCCUGUGGCCCAUGCGGACGGCCCAAUGCACCUGGCUAGUCUACCAGUUAAAAACGUUAGCCAUCAUGAAUGCAGGGUCCUCAACAUAUCAGACAUCCAGGAAGACAAGGAAAAAGAAAACUUGCACCAGAAUUCAAAAAACCUGCUCUGGCUUCUUCUUCUUCUUCUCAUCCCAGUAGCAGCUGUCUGUAUCGGCGGCAUUGUUUUCUUCGUCCGGCGUAAACACAAAAGAAACAAAAAUACACAUCUGAUGCAUCCAGCCGACACAACUGAAAUGGAAAUUCCCGAACAUCCAAUGUCUUCUGCUUUGCAAACUUCGUCUUUUUGACAAUAGUGCUUUAUAGGUUCAAUAGACUUUUUCUACGUGUUUCACGCUUUGAGAUAAUCAAAACACUAUUUUAUGUGUUAAUUUUAUAGAGCGUUGCUUAAAAUCCAUACAAAAAUAUUUAAUUAUAAAGAACAAACGCUCCUUGGUUGAAACAUAGUUAACUAACAGGGGAAAAAGAGCAAUGAACGCAAAGAAACAAAAAAAAACUGUUUUUGAAAAAAUCUCAGCCAUCGAAUUAAGAACAAAGAUGGCCUAAAAACACUUUGAAAUUCUAUAGGUGGGAAAUCUUUUAAUUAAGUUUACUUUAGGUUUUCGUGACCUUGACUUUUUUGCUGUUCUAUAGUGGAGUUUGUCUUCUUUCCAGCAAUGGAAAUGAACUGAAUUUGAAAAGACUCAUCCUUCAAACUGCAAUAAUUCACAAUUAAGCUUGAGCAAACUAAUUACUCUUGAAAUUGCUGUCAAUUAUAGUAAA